GUCUGUGGAUUAGUUAUAGCGCUCUGUCUGACCAUUUCUACUGCUCUUACCUCUGGACCAACUAGAGCACACUAUCUAGGGAACAAUAGAGUUUGACUGCGGAUCUGAGGCGGAACCUCGUGAGGACUCUGACUGAUCAAACAGCGGGAGGAUGUGGAGACUGAAGGCGGCGUUGAGCGGCUCUCUGCUCGGCCUCACACUGCUGCUGCUGCCCGCUCAACUCUGCGAGUCACACCGAUUUCUUCCACAGAAUAAAGCCUCUCAGUUCCUCACGCGACACAGACGAGCAAACACUCUGUUUGAGGAGAGCAAGAAAGGAAACUUGGAGCGUGAAUGUAUCGAGGAGUUGUGUAAUAAAGAAGAGGCACGAGAGAUCUUUGAGAACAAUCCGGAGACCGAAUAUUUCUAUCCCAAGUAUAUUGUGUGUCUGGGCUCUCACCGUGUCGGGAUCAAUAAUCCAAACUCAGAGGCUUUAAUUCCUCAGAACCUGCGGACGUGCGUGCAAGAAAUCAGUAAUCAGUGCUUACCGCUGCCAUGUUAUAAAGAGGGAUACGAGCGCUGCGUGGACGGUCAGGGCUCGUUCACAUGCGUGUGUAAACCGGGAUGGGAGGGCCUGCGCUGUGAACAGGACAUUAACGAGUGUGACGACCCACAAUUCCCUGCGGGCUGCAGCCAUACGUGUUUAAACUUCCCCGGGAGUUUCGCCUGUGGCUGCGAGCGAGGCUUCUACAUGCACGACAACAUCCACUGCAUAGAUAUCAACGAGUGUGUCCUGUAUCCCAGUGUUUGUGUGGAACCUUCCAAAUGUGUGAAUGUUCCGGGUGCGUUUGUGUGCCGAUGCCCGACAGGAUACAAAUACAACUCAACCACACGAGAGUGUCAGGAUCUGGAUGAGUGUGAGCAGGCCGUGUGUGGUGGCGAGUGUGUGAACACAAUUGGCAGUUUUUCGUGUCACUGUGACGGGCGCAAGGGGGUGAAGCUGGCAGAGGACGGGCAUUUCUGUGAGAAGAUUCCACAGUGUUUGCAUCUGGCUGAUUAUAAACAACGCGAGAUGUUAUAUCUGGGAGAACAGUUCAGCGGGUUACCUGUGAUGUACCUGCGAUACCGACUGCAGGCCGAUACCAAAUUUGCGGCUGAAUUUGAUUUCCGCACGUUUGAUCCAGAAGGUGUGAUUCUCUACGCCGAGUCAUCGCAGGAAGCGUGGAUUAUGUUGGGUUUGCGCGCCGGCCGUAUCGAGGUCCAGUUUAAGAAUGAACAUUCCUUCAAAGUGACCAGCGGAGGCAAAGCUAUUAAUGAUGGACAAUGGCACGUGAUCUCAGUGGAGGAACUGUCGGGCAGCAUGAGUGUAAAGAUCAGUAAAGAGGCCGUUAUGAGUAUUAACAGUCCCGAACGACUCUUCACACCCAGUAACGACAAACUGGAAACUAAAGUUUACAUCGCCGGCCUGCCCAAUCGCAACGAGAGCCUCAUCAAACCGAUCAACCCAAGAUUAGACGGCUGUAUCCGCGGCUGGAAUCUCAUGAAUCAGGGUGCGUCUGGAGUGAAGGAGGUCAUCCAGGAGAAGGAGAGUAAACACUGUUAUUUGCACGUAGAGGAGGGCUCGUUCUUCACCGCUGAAGGAUUUGCGCAAUUCAACAUUGACUACAGAGGAAGAUCUGGUCAGUGGCGGGUGGAUGUUGUGAUGAGGAUACGUCCUUCGAGUAGUUCCGGUGUAUUAUUUGCCCUGGUUAGCAACGAUACUGUCCCUCUCUCUGUUUCCGUGGUAACAAAAGGACCAGAUGAUGCAGAGCUGCAGGUGUUUUUGGACGGCGUGUCUGUGGUCACUCUUCAGUCUCUGAUGCUCUGUUAUCCUGAUCGGUUAGUGGUGGAGAUGAGCGUAUCAGCUGAUCGUCUUCACAUCACAGCGAAUGAUUCCAACGUUUCAUCCGACGGCGAUUCUGAGAUCCUCAGCGGGGCUUUAUCGAGACUCAACAACACCAUGCAGGGUCACGUCCACACUUACAUCGGAGGACUGCCGGAUCUUCCGCUGUGGAAGAUGCCGAUCUCAGCACACUAUCACGGCUGUAUGGAGAUCAGUGUGAACGGACAGUCGCUGGACCUCGACGAGGCCGUUAGUAAAGACAACAGCAUCAAAUCUCACUCCUGCCCCCCUGUAUCUGCCCCCGAGCCCCACCCACACUAGACAGGAAGUGACAUCAUAUCCCAACCCUUGGAUACAUGACAUGUUUCCAUUUGCCUGUUAUGAGCUGUAACUAGUGCUCUGUGUGCUGGAUAACAAGGGAUUGUGGACUCUUUGAUUCUCUUGUGGUGUGUUUUUGAUGUUUUCCUCACAUUCAUUUGUUAAUACACUAGUUAAGUUCUGAUGACUAACCUGUGAAAGUUUGAACAGCUUCUGGGACUUUAAACUGAAGCUCAUGAGCCUUUUAUAUUUUGCCUUGUCAGAGUUGAGCUCUGAUUGUUUAAAAAUAUUAAGCCUGAUUUGAGUAAAAAAGCAAAACGGAUUCAACUGGAUUUUUGUCUUAAAAGUCUCAAGUGGAUGAAAUCACUGUUUUAAUUUCCCCCCCCCAAGCAUUUGUAUCUUGUAAACAACACAACAAGCUCAUUUUAAUGUGAAUAUGUUUAGGUGGAUUUUGUUUUAAUAAAAUGAAAUGCUGCAUGGAAAUUUCAAUUCGAAUAUUAAAUUCAGCACCAAGGUUUUCGACUGGUGGUCCGCAAACAUACUGCAAGGACAUUUGGACUAAUGUUUUUAAAUGUUCCACAUAUAAAAUUGGUUAUGUUGUUUUAUAACUUAUAUUUAAAUUGUGGUUGAUAGAAACAAACCCCUCUCUCAUCUUUAGCUUCUAUAGAUCGGUGUUUCUAAACCUAUUUUGCCGAAAUAAUACAAACUUGUCACCACAAUGUCCCACCAACUGCCCCAAGUUAAAAGAGGCCACCCCCACAUCUCUAAGAUGUUCUGGUGCAGAGAUAUGGCUGGGGCAUGUUGCUAUGCAGGUGCCAGGGUGUUCAGGGUGGUCACUAGGUGGUUGCUAGGGUGAUCUGGAUGGUUGUUAGCCUGUCACUAGGUUGUUGCUAGGUGGUUACUAGUUGGCUAAAGCAAACCAUUAACUAUUAUAAGUACAUGAGCUUAAUGAUAGUGAUGCCAUGUAGAUAUAGCAAGUAGCUAGACAUUGUUAGUAUGUUGCUAGCAUGUUUUAGUAUGUAGCUAGGCAAUGCUAACUUGUUGCUAUCAUGUUUAGCAUGUAGCUGGGUGUUAGUAUGUUGCUAGGCAUUGUUAGCGUAUUUUAGCAUGUAGCAUUUAGCAUUUUGCUAGGCAAUACUAGUAUGUUGCUAGGCAAUACUAGCAUGUUUUUUCACAUGUAGCUCGGUAAUGUUAACAUGCUACUAACAUAUUUAGAAGGUAUCUAGGAAUUGUUUGUAUGUUGUUAACAUGUUUAAAAAGAAGCUAUGUGUUAAAAUGUUGCUAGGCAUUGUUAACAUGAUUUAGCAUGUAGCUAGGCAUUGCUAGCAUGUUGCUAGCAUGAAGUUAGGUGUUGCUAGUAUGAUUUAGCAUGUUGCUUGGCAAAGUUAACAUGUUGCUAGCAUGUUUUAACAAGUAGCUAGGCAUUUUAGCAUGUUGCUAGCAUGUUUAGAAUGUAGCUAGGCAAUGUUAGUAUGUUGCUUACAUGUUUGAGCAUGUAGCUAGGAAUUUUUUUGUAUGUUGUUAACAUGUUUAACAAGACGCUAUGUGUUGUUAGCAUGUUGCUAGGCAUUGCAAACAUGAUUUAGCAUGUAGCUAGGCAUUGCUAGCAUGUUGCUUGCAUGUUUUAACAUGUAGCUGGGCGUUGCUAGCAUGUUGCUUGGCAAAGUUAAACAAGUUAAGUUAAUCAAUGUUGCUAGCAUGUUUAGCAUGAAGCUAGGUGUUGUUAGCAUGAUUUAGCAUGUUGCUAGCAUCUUUGAGCAUGUAGUUUGGGUGUUGCUAUCAUGUUUUAGCAUGUAAUAAUACAAACAUUUGAAAUACAUUUUCUCUCAGAUAAUACUGUUAAUUAUACCAGAAACCUUCUAACUUGGUACAUAACAAACUAUUACUUUUACAAAUGUUUUUGUAUCAUUCGUUUUUCAUAACUUUGGUCACGUUUCUGUUUUUUUUUUUUUAAAUGCACAAAUUCCAGGUAACUCCAUCAAUAAAUAUAAAAU